AUGUGUGAGCCCCUUCGCACGCCAGGAUACAUGUGGCUGACUCGAAAACUUGCCAAAAACUGUACCUAUGCAGCAGCAGGACUGGAGCCAUGAAGAGCUGCGGAGCCUCCCUGUCUCCGGGCGGGAAGCCCUACCCCAAGCCUCAGCCAAGCCCGCCGCCGCCGCACCCUGCAGGGCCAGACGAAUCCUAGACGCGCCACUCUCUCCUUGCUGCUGUGGCGAGGAGAAAGAGCGGGGAGGUGAUGCCCCUCGUUCCGCAGUGUGGCUAGCCCGGCAGACGUCUAGUGCAUGGAAAACUAGAACCGGGUAUCGGAUGGUCGAGGCGCCCGCGUGUGGAUCUGCAACGGGCUGGCCCGUGCAACGACACCCCGGCGCCGCGGAUCUCGGGGAGCUCACUGGCAGCCAUGGCUACCGCUUAUGACGUCAGGAGAGCAGGGAGGACUUUGUGAUCAUAAGAGUGUUAUUCUGUUACUUUUCUAUUUCCCUGCGUCCAGAUGUCUCUUUCACUCGCUCCUCUCGGCUGCCUGGUCACUUCCUAGUCCGCAGAGCUC